AGAUCUAUGGAUUUAUCUUACAGAUCAUCAAAAGAUGUGCUAUUCUGCACUGGUGCUGGCAAUGAUAUUCUCUAUGGGAGAGCCGCUGCCAUAUCAUCACUACGAACACCUUAACUCACAGUUUGUCCAGUUCUUGUUGGAGGUGAUCGAGGAUGGACUGCCCUCGGACACAACAGAUCAGCUGCCUGACUUAUUUGUUAAUGUUCUGCUGGCCUUCAAUCUCCACAUUCCUGGUGUGUGUGAUGCCCUCUCCUGGACUCCCAGGGCUUUGAUAAUAGUCCCAGAGCACAAUGUGAUCAUGACUACGAUAAGCAAGCACUCCAAUGUCAAGACUUUCACAGAAAAGCUGCUGCUACUGCUGAACAGGGGAGAUGAUCCUGUCUGCAUCUUUAAGCACCAGCCCCAGCCACCACACUCAGUGCUGAAGUUCCUCCAGGACAUCUUUGCCGGCAAGGACACGGCCCGCAUCUUCUAUCACACAGACAUGAUGGUGAUGAUUGACAUCACGGUGCGGCAGAUUGCAGACCUCUCCCCGGGAGACAAGCUGCGGAUGGAGUAUCUGUCUCUAAUGCACGCAAUCAUCCGCUCCACACCCUAUCUGCAGCAUCAGCACCGCCUCUUGGACCUCCAGGGGAUCCUGCAGCGCAUCCUGGCUGAGGAGGAGGAGGGGCAGCAGUGCCAGAUGGACAAGAUGAUCAUCUGGGAGAUAUAUAAGGAGUUCCCAGAGAUCGCUUCUGGCACUAGCUAACCGGACCUCGCACUGGACUGAGAGACCCACUUGGAUCGUAAACAUCUCUUGUUGACACUUCCUCCCCAUCCCUGUCCAGUACAGCUCAUACCUUGUUAUUCCUUCAGGUGAGGCCUAGGGUUCAGAUAAUGCCAAAGGGCCUUUUAGAAGUGUCAGCAGUGCAGGACCCCAGUGGAAAGCGCCCCCCUGAGUUCUGCCUCCCCCGGGAGAGCUCUGACACUGAGUGGAAAGCGGAUUGGCACAAGGGUGCAGAUUCGUUACCGGGCCUGGGAUAGGAGGGUGUUGGUUACCUGUCUGAGUGUAGACAGCAGGGGCUUAUCAGGCUGGAUGGCCUUGUGUGUUCAGCUCUGCUGGUGUUUGAGGUCCCAAAGCAAGAGGCCUUUGCCUUAGCCUACCCCUUCUCCAUAUGCAUCUCUCCCUGCAGUUACCCAGGUGAGUCCGCCAGUGCUUGGAAGAAGCUUCUGUAACAUCUGUUUUGUUUGCUGCUAGUGCAAAAGUGCCACAGGCCUGGCAAGGGAGGCACUAACUGGAUCUCCAGUACAGUGUCUGGGGAGCCAUACCUGCCUGACCCCAGGCUUCAUUCUAGGUUGCAGCCUGCCAGCCUGGCUGGGGUCUCCCCCGACAGCUGCUUGCUCUGGUUUGCUUCCAUCGUGCUGCUUAGGUUUGAAUCCCAUGUGCACUGUGCUGGCACAGAAGUAAUGGUUGUUGCAGUGAUGUUGUUCCCAGAAGCCUCUGGCCUCAACAUGGGUCUGAGGCAUGUCCUGCUUGGUGACAGCUGUAGCCUGCCUCCUGCUGUCUGCCCAGUUAUUUCCUCUGGUGUGUAGCUGGGGGCAGGGAGUGCUGCCUUUAACGCCUGUGGAUUCCUUGCCUUGAGCUUAGUAGUGGUUGGCUCUGCCUUGCCGUAUCCCCUCUCCCUGUGACAGGGUGCUUGAGCCUGGCAUUGUUGCUCUGUGAAGUGCGCGUGUGGAGACCCCUUCAGUUCGAUUUCUUCUAGGGACCUAGCAAAAAUUCCUGUCACAGAUGUGGUCCCCAACUGACUCGGGUCUGUUGAGCAUGGCACUCUGCCCAUGCUGUAUGAACCAUUGCUCUGUCACUAACCAGAGGACCCUCUUCUGGAGCUUGGCAGCGCUCUGCAUAGAAGCCAUUAGAACUGGAUAUGCUUUAAACAACAGGUUGUUAAAGCAUAACUAAAGCCACGGGCCAUGGGUGUGAAGCCCUGGGAAGGGCACUGGUUGUAAAGCUCAAAGAGUGGGAGUGGGAUGGGAGGUGGUUGUUGGCCUUCCCACGGUGAACAAACAGCCCCGUGAGAAACCUCUGUUCCCCUGUACAAAUGUAUGAUUGUCAAAGCAACCUGUAUUUUCUUAAACACUAAAGUGACUGUAACUCGCAAAGGAAUAAACGUCUUAACUGUG